AUGGAUGUCGGGACAAUCGUCGUUUUGUUGCUAUAUAUGAUCUGGUGGCUGUUCAUGGUUGGGUUGCAGUGGACUUUCGACUGUGCUGACUUUUCCGUACAUCUUAAUGGAUCGGAUGCUAUGCUAAUUCCGAGCAACGGAUGCCCGCCGUGGAAACUCCCACCGGGACGUAAACCUGCAUUCACCUGUAUUGGUCUGGCAGUGGCAUCCUUCAUCGCGCUCUGCUUCACCCUCGCACCCCUCGGUGUGUGGUACAUGCUCGUCAUGGAUGAAUGGUCCCAUUUUUGUCUAAUCACCGCCUUAUUCACUCUAGUCGGACGUCUUCUAUCCUCUAUGAUCAGACAUUUUUACAUGAGUGCCAUCGGACUGGCCGUUUUCUAUUGUCUCCUCUCUCUGCAUAUCAAAUUUAUACCUACUCUGCCUGAACGAGAGCAUGCACUGAGAUUGCAC